AUGAUUGAAGAAGAAAUCAUACCAUGGAACGAAAAGCCCUCAUUGAAACAGUUCACCUUUAGAUCAACUAUUGUGGGCUUAUUUAUUGGGUCAAUAGUUUUAAUGUCCAAUUUUCAGUUUGGGCUACAAACUGGCUGGGUUUCAAUGAUGUCUUUGCCUGCUGCUUUGCUAGGUUUCUCAAUAUUCAAAGUCUUUUCCAAAAAUCUAUCAUAUCCAUUCACAGAUGCAGAAAACGUCUUUGUACAAAGUGUUGCAGUUGCUGUUGGUACUGGACCCUUAGCAUAUGGGCUAGUUGGUAUAAUUCCAAGUAUUGAGAAAUUUUUAACGAUUGAAGAAAGUGGUUAUGACUUCAAAUUGCAAUUUUCAACGUUGCAGUUGAUUUACUGGUCAACUGGUUUAGCAUUUUUUGGAAUUUUUUUUGCGAUUCCUUUAAGAAAACAGGUUAUAAUAAAAGAAAAAUUGCCAUUUCCAUCAGGAUCUGCUACUGCGACUUUAAUCUCUGUUUUACAUAACACUGAGUUGUAUGAAGAAAGUGAUGAGGUUGUUCAAUACAAUGAUGCUAAGAAUAGAACUUCAGCUAAUGGAAAUCUAAUCAAUAGCGAAAAUCAUGAAAAUAGUUCAAAUUAUAGCAAUUUAAUUGAUAAUGAAUCAUUGUUAGAGUUGAAAAAAACUGAAACUUAUAAUAAAAAUUUCAAGAAUUUAUUGAUAACAUUUUGUGUAUCAUCGUUUUAUACAAUUAUUGCACAUUUUUUUCCCAUUCUAAGAAAUUUACCUGUUUUUGGAAGAUAUCUUUCAAAGAAUUAUUUAUGGAAUAUUCAACCAUCGCCUGCAUAUAUUGGGCAAGGUAUUAUAAUGGGGUUACCAACCGUUUCAUACAUGCUAUUUGGAUCGAUAUUAGGAUGGGGAAUUUUAGCACCAUUAAGUAAAGAAAUGGGAUGGGCACCAGGAGAAAUAAAUGAUUGGAAAACUGGUGGACAAGGAUGGAUAUUAUGGAUCAGUUUGAGUGUAAUGAUAAGUGAUAGUGUUAUUGGAUUUUUGGUUAUUUCAUCCAAGAUGUGUUUUAAAUUCUAUAAAAAAAUUUCAAUUAAGCGUUCCAAUUAUAAUCAUGGAAAUGAUGAUGGUAAUGAUGGUUUUGAGAGUGAAUCAUUAUUACAAAGAACUGUAUUAAAUGAUGAUGAUAAUAAUAAUGAAAAUGAAAAUGAAAAUGAAGUUAGUGAAAAAUAUCUUGUAUCAAAUAAAACUACAAUAAUUGGAUUGAUUGGAUCAUGUUUACUUUGUUUAAUUUCAAUUAGGUUGGUAUUUCCUAAUGGUAUUAUUCCAGUAUAUUCGAUAUUGAUUGCAGUUAUAUUAGCUCUUUUUUUAUCGAUUCUUGGAGUUCGGGCACUUGGAGAAACAGAUUUAAAUCCUGUUUCAGGAAUUGGGAAACUAUCACAAAUAAUAUUUGCAAUAAUUAUUCCAAAAGAUCGAAAGGGAACAGUUUUAAUUAACUUGGUGGCAGGAGGAAUAGCAGAAGCAGGAGCUCAGCAAGCAGGAGACUUGAUGCAGGAUCUUAAGACUGGUCAUUUGAUUGGAGCAUCACCAAAGGCACAGUUUAUCGCACAAGUUAUUGGAACUAUAUGGUCGAUUUUUUUAUCCUCGGUUAUGUAUAAGGUGUAUAAUCAUGUUUAUGAUAUACCGAAUGACUUAUUUAGGAUUCCUACAGCAGUUAUUUGGAUUGAUUGUUCCAGAUUAGUUACUGGAAAAGGAUUGCCCCCAUAUUCAAGGAUUUUUUGUAUGAUAUUUGGGUUGGUAUUUGGUGUUAUUUCGUUGAUCAAAAACAUUAUUUUUAACUGUGACUUUUAUAAACAAACUAAAGAUUCUGAUCAAUAUUACUACAAAGUUAUCAAGAAAAAUUUACGAAAAAUAGAAAAGUAUAUUAUUUAUAUACCUAGUGGAAUUGCAGUGGGAAUUGGUAUUUACAAUACACCCAAUUUUACUAUUGCUAGAUUCAUUGGGGGGUUAGUUGUGUAUAUUUGGAUGCAAAGAGUUUAUAAUGAUAAUGAUAACGAUAGUGAUAGUAAUAAUGAUACAGAGGAAAUACAAAAUAAAAAGAUUUCAAUGAUUAUAUUUAGCUCCGGGUUAAUCUUGGGAGAAGGGUUGUUUAGUAUUUUCAGUAUGGUUUUAACCAGUUUAGGAGCAUGA